AUGUCCGGACAAGAGGGGCUUACAUCGAAGGUUUCAAGUCUACAUGUUGAUGUAGAUGAGUCAGAACACAUCGAGGUUGAGAUCAGGGGAGCAAGGAGCAAGGAAGUCAUCCCGAAGAGUCUGGUCUGCCGGCUCCAGAGGAAGAAGACAGUGAAGGAUCUCAAAGAGGAGCUGAAGCAGUGUCCUGAGAUCACUAGCCAUGAGCUCUUGGACAACAACAUCAAGUUUGUGUUCGAAGGGAGGAGUAUCUCAGACAACGAGACUUUGCUGUCUCUCAUGAAGAACGAGCUGGAUACAACCAUCACUUUCUAUGCUGUCUUCUGCGACAAGAUGCCUCCCUCUCCCUCCCCCAAGGCUGCAUCCUCCUCCUCCGCCCCCUCCUCCGCCCCCUCCUCCGCUCCUUUCUCCCCAGUUGCAGGCAGCAGUGCUCCUCCUCCCACUCCAGGGUCGCCGAAGUGGCUGGAGGAGGUGAAGGCAAAAGUUGAGCUCAACAUGAGGAAAGCUUUCUACGACCUACUGGAGAAUGCUCUGAACCCUGAGAAGCCGGACUACGACUGGAUCGUUCGCCUGUACGAGGAGAUGAGAGACCGGCUAUGUGCUCUCACUCCCCGUCGUCAAGACAUCAGAGAAGAGAUCUAUGAGAAGAUGGACUCUUCGCUCUUUCAGCAGAUGCUUGUCAACAAUGCCUUUGAGGUGGUUGACCUCCAGAAUUUGGUUGGUUUCACGUUUGCAAGGCUGCAGUCCCUCUGCUCGCCAGCUCGAGACGAAGAGAUCAUGGAAAGGCGGAGGCAGCUAGAGGAGAUGAUUGCACAGCCUGACUUGUCCUUCGGGAAGUUCGUUGCCUGUUAUCUUAAGUUCUUUCACGUGACGGUCGAUGACAUCGAGAAAGAUAUCGAGGCCUUCAAGAGUCAAGUACAGUCAGGAUCGUUUUCUCCCCAGCAAUCUCCAAACCCGAAGCCUUCAACUCCUUCCGCUUCAUCGGAAAUUCUGUCGCCCAACACAACCAGUGCCAUCAAGGACAUCAAGAUGAAGCUGAGGCAGCUGGGGGUGGCAGAGGAGAAGAUCAGCGGAUGCGUCGAGAAGAGGGAACUUCUUGCUCUCCUUGAUCAGGCGACUGGACGAGUAGCUGGAGAAGUGACGGGGCUGAGGUCUCAACGUCAAUCGACCAACAGGAGGUGA